AACGUCCCUUCUCUUCAGUAUAAAUGGAAGUAAAUAAUGACCAAGAACAUUUUCAAUGUUAGCGGUUUUAUUGUUGUUAUUUAGAACUUUAUUGAACACCAUGGAACUGAAAAUAUGAUUAAUUUAACUGCACAGCAUCACAUACUUAACCCAUGUAGUCUUUAAUUCGCGUUGGAGACGGGACUUGGUUGAUAGACGUUAUACGCUAGCUAGCUGCUAACGUUAGCUAACAAUGGCUAACUUUAUGGUUUUUCACACUCAAAUAGCCUCCAUCGUGGAGGUGCUAGCGAAUUCAGCCGUGGCAGAUAUAUGUAAACUCAUAGAUGACGACUAUGCAGUGUUUCGUUUGGAAAUAACUCAAAGCCAGAAAGAAAACAGGACAUUGCGGAGGAAACUACAGCUACUGGAACUGAAGGUGGCACGGGAGCGCGUGCACACCAGUCGUCCCAGUAGUGUCAAGAUCCUCGACCGAUACAGAGGAAUGGCAAGAGCUGAAGGACAUCUCACUGGAGGCCACAGGACCUUUGUUAAACCAGCAGGACACAACGCGUGGAGAGAUGACCAACCUAUAGCUAUAGAUGAGGGGAGUGGAACCUCAACCCAGCAUGUUAUCGUGAUAGAGUCUGCAGAUGCAGAGGCUGCAGGUCCUGGAGGAUCGUCUCUGGUCAAGCAGGAGAGGUCUGAAGGAGAGGACCUAAAACACAGCAGAGACAUCCAGACUGUAGCCACGGGGGACCAAUCCACCCCCGCCAUGCCCCAGCCCAGGACCAGACGCAGCAUCACGGAGGUCAGUGGAACGCCGAAAGCCGUCCUCAAGUCAGAGACGGACAAAGAGACUUUAACUGUAACACACAGGCUCUUACACACAGGAUCUGACCACAGAUCAGACCCAGAGAGACUGGUGCUGGGGAGACUGGGCUGUCCUCCUGCUCCCAGCUCAGAGUAUUUACCCGUAUUUCACCAGAGCCAGAGGACGGAUCAUUCCUGUGGAGAUGGUGACACGUUAGACACUGGAGGUGAUGAUCCUUCUUGUUCUUAUGCUACAGAGAUGGACCCUGGCAACAUAUCAUUGGGUUUAGAGACACAGACUGAUCUGUCUAGAGGGGACUGGAACCGGUACAGUAGUAGUGUAUACUCUGAAGGGUGCCUAGAUAAGAAAGGUGAGGGUCUGGUCGUAGAUGAGGUGACUGUAAAAGUGGAGGGUCUGGUCGUAGAUGACGUGACUGUGAAAUUGGAGGGUGAUGCUCCUCCCACAUGGAAUGCAGAUAGUCACCUAGGAGACGGACACUCACAGGGCAGAGAUUUCUUAGAUUACAGGGAAAGCCUUGAGACAAAUUCAAUUGUCGCGACCCACUCCACUUUACAAUCAUUCAGGGAUCGCAACCUAGUGUCCACAUCGAUGGGGCCUCCCGAUUCACACGGCCAUGUCCUUUUUGAUCAGAUAUUGAACUCAAAUGACAGUGCUAGAGCCCAGGCUCAGGGAGAGGAAGCAACAUCAGUCAAUAGUAAAGAGAAACGGUUCCUCUGCAUGUUCUGUAACAAAGGCUUCAGCUGCCUCCAGAAGGUGGAGAUCCACCAGAGGGUCCACACAGGGGAGAAACCCUUCAGCUGUACCCAGUGUCAUAUGUGCUUCGCCCAGACUGGUGACCUGAAAAGGCACCAGAGGGUCCACACAGGGGAGAAACCGUUCGGCUGCCACCUGUGCCGGGCCAGUUUCUCCCACUCCUCCAGCCUGAAAAGGCACCAGAGGGUCCACACAGGGGAGAAACCAUACAGCUGCCCCCAGUGUGAGAAGAGGUUCUCCCACCAGCACCAUCUGAAGAUGCACCUGAAGGUCCACACGGGAGAGAGGUCAUUCGCCUGUACGCCCUGCGGCAAGAGGUUCUCAGAGAGGAGCUACCUCAGGAUACACCAGCAGAAAAAACAUUCCACUCUAUAACAUAGAAAGUAACCAUUCCACUCGAUAGCUUCUGAAGUUUAGAUCAAACCCUGCAUUAAAGACAAAGAUUAAUUUUCAUAGUUGUCAGCAGAAAAAACAGAGAUGCAUUUGGUAUAGUGAGAGUUACAGAUUUCAGUGUUGAAUAUUCCUGAGUAGAAUAUUACAUCCAGACAUUGUGUGACAAGUCUGCCUAAAAAGUAUGUUACAUAGUGUUUGUACUGUCUAAGCUAUGUGAUGUUCAAAUGCCUGUUUCAUUACUUCCAUUCAACUAUUGUUUGACACUUUUAAUGAGAACAUGAAUACAAUUUAUCAAGUUCAUGGAGAUUUCUAGUUCAGACAUGUUUUUAUUUAUUUAUUUUUCUUGUUUUUUGGGGGGGUAGAUCAGCUUUAAUAUUGCA